UAUGUUUGGAGUGUUUUUUGUGGAAUAGUAACUAAUAUUUAGUAAUUUUUGUUUUAUUUUAAGAUAAAACAUGCAGAUAACAAUAAAGAUUUUAAAAGGACAAGACGUUACAUUAGACGUCGAGCCGCAUACUUUAAUAUCAGAUAUGAAAAAGGAAAUUGAAAGUAAAUUGAAUAUACCAUUACCAGAGCAAAAAUUGCUAUUGCUUGGACGUACAUUGAAAGAUGAGAAUACUGUGUCCGCAUAUCCAAAUUUACAUGAAGGAUGUAAACUAAAUUUGGUAGUGAUGCGACCACGAAUAGAAGGAUUGCGAGAGAUCCUACAGAAAUCGUUUCGAAAGUACUAUAAUGAACCACAAGCUGACAACUUGGUUACUGCUUUUAUGACCGAUUUUGAAACGAAUUUAAAACAAAUGAGUGUGGACGAUAUUGAACGUUUAUCUGAGAGUUUAUUACUUGUUUAAAUUAGAAAACUCCAUCGAUACAGUUGCAGUUUCGAAGUAGAAAUUGAUAUAAAUUUCUUUUAUAUUUGAUAAAGUUAUAUGGAAAUUGAAAGAAUUUAUUUUUCACGU